AUGCCACACGCCAUCGACCAGUUCGAGCUCCAAGACCAGGCCGACGAUGCCGAGAUUGCGCGCCUUCUCAACGACGAUAAUCCGAGCAACAACACCUUGAACUUCGACCGUGAUUUGGAGGUGGGAGAGAAGGCCGACGACGCCAUCGAUUUUGAGGACAUUAGCGACGAUGAUCUGCCAGAGGAAGAAGACGAUGUCAAGCCCAAGGUUGAAGGCUCGCCUGCCGAUGCUCUUGCCACUGAGCUAAACACCACAAUCGAUAUCGAAGAAAAUCAUGACGACCUCUUCGGCUUUGAAGACGACCUGUUCGGUGAUGACGACAAUAACGACCUCGACGAGAAGCCCGAUUUCUCGGAGCUACACGACCAGACCCAGCAGACCGACUCCAAACCGUCGCCCACUGCCAACAGCGGUGACGAAGAUUGGCUCAGACAGAAGGCGCUUUUUGCGGCCAUGGAGCAGGAGAGAGUGGAGCGCAGCAAGAGAGGAGGAUCAUACGAACCACCAACCGCCCCGGAAACGGAGAUGGAGGUCUUCUAUUCAAUCUGGCCAUCCUACGACCCAGAAGAGCGCCCAAGGUUUACUGAACUAUUCCCACCCCGACGAGGUAUCUAUGGCUGGAAGGCCCCUGUCAAGCCUCCCAAGCCUGUACAGCCAACCAAGCUCAAUCUCGAUCUUCAACACGAUCAAGAGAAGAGCUUCAGACUCUUGGGUGCUGCAACUAUGGGUAAGCAUGCAAGAGAAGGAGCUGGUGAGCAGUCGGGUGUCAUCCGCGUCGAGGAUACUUCAGCCAAAAAGGAAGACACCGAGGACGUCGUGGAUUUGGAUGAGAUUGAUCUGAACGAGCAAGUUGGCGGUGUCUCGUGGCAAGACCUGACAGUGCUCUGCGAAGACUGGGACGUGGCUAGUUCUGCAUCCUCACCUGAUCACUACUCUAUUGUGGACAGCGGUGUGGACAUGGGACGAGACUCGCAGUCACCUCCUGCCGGCAAGCGGAAGAUACCCGGCUUCGACCUGGAGGAGCCGACCGCGAAGAAGCUCAAAGUUGUUGGCUUUGAUCUCAAGGCUGCUGUUGCAAUCUCGCAUACAUAUCCUUCUCUCGACGAGCCUGAACGCGCUACUGCGUACAUUGCCAAGCGAGUCACCCUCGACAUGAACGACCCUGGCCUACUGCUGGACGAGAACGCGCCGGCGACUCAGCCUAAGAGACUGCGUCGUAUUCCUGGUGACAUGCGUCGGGAGACCAGAACUGCAAUGGCCCGUGACAUGACCAAGAGAUACAACAUAUCAAAUGACGAAGCUUAUGAACUACUCAAGGAGAAUCAUCAGCACAAGGUCCGCAGCACGCUGGGCAGUAUGGCCGUCGAGCAUAGUCUGCCGGCGAUGAAGCUGCAGUUCCCCUUCUACCGAGUCAGCCUGGAUGACAAGCAGAAGCGCGCCUUCCACCGUCCGAUAUUUGCCGGCGAAAGACCCAACAAAACUAUCACCUUCAACAAGCCCAAAAAGCUCAAGAGAAAGGAAAUGCGUGGCAAAGAUGUUGCGAGCUUGUUUGCAAAGUCAGAAGAUUUAUCUAUGGCCGACAACUCGAGCGCGUUGCUCCUCGAAUACUCCGAAGAACAUCCUGUUAUGCUCUCAAACUUUGGUAUGGGAAAUCGUCUUAUCAACUACUACAGGCGCAAGGAUGCCGAAGAUUCCUCUCGACCUAAGGAAGAGAUCGGUGAGACUCAAGUCCUCUUGCCCCAGGAUCGCAGUCCGUUCGCAAACUUCGGUCAGGUCGACCCGGGAGAAAUGGUACCAACCAUCCACAAUGGCCUCUACAGAGCCCCUGUUUUCCGCCAUGAAGGAAAAUCAAACGACUUCCUUGUCAUCUGCAAUGAAACGCACAAGAACGGCAAGAAGUACUUCAUGCGCAACAUAGAGAAUUUGUAUGCCGUCGGUCAACAGUUCCCCUCGGUGGAAGUGCCUGGUGAGCAUUCCAGAAAGGUCACGGAUGCGGCCAAACGUCGCCUGCGCGCGAUCUCGUAUCGUGUGUUCAAGAAGAGUGUCGAUCCUACUAUCAGAGGCCAACCCCUUACCAAUGAAGUCGUCAAAGCUCAUCUGCCCGGCAGUGAUGUCGCACAAAAUCGCGGCAAGAUGCGUGAAUUCAUGCAAUACGACAAGAACAAUCAAUUAUGGCAUCUCAAAGCAGGUGAUUCUGUUCCCGACUCCGAGACUCUUCGCUCGUGGAUUAAGCCUGAGGAUAUCUGUGUUCUCGACUCUAUGCAAGUGGGUGUUCAAUAUCUCAAAGACCUUGGUCUAAAGAAAGAGGAUGACGAAAACGAAGAAGAUGAUACCAAAGAAGGCACGAACGUUGAGCUCAAGCUCGCACCAUGGAACACCACCAAGAACUUCCUAAAUGCUUGUCAAGGUAAAGCAAUGCUGCAAUUACAUGGCGAAGGUGAUCCAUCAGGCAGAGGUGAAGCUUUCAGCUUCGUCAAGACUUCCAUGAAGGGUGGCUUCAGGGCACAGGGCGAAAGUAUCGAAGAGAGACUUGAUGCUAAGCGACUGAAGGAGAACGGAGGUCACAGUUACAAUGUUGCCAAACAGCAAAGAGCCUACGACGAAUCCAUCCGUCGCAUUUGGAAAUCUCAGCAUGAGAGUCUUUCAUCUCAGAUGGAGGUCUCCGAGGGCGAGGCUGACGUUGACGAUGAGCCAGAACCCACGCAAAGCUUCAGAGCCGGCACCCCUAGAUCUUCCAUCGGAACGUCUGUAUAUGGCAACAACAGACGGGAUGACGAGUCUGCAAGUCAGUUCAGUCGCAAUAGUAUGAGCCAGAACGACAAAUUCUUGAUCAUCAAGAGAUUGGUGCCCAACAAAUACGGAGAACCGGAGGAGCAGACAGAGACCAUCACCAACCCCAGGGUCAUCGCAGCCUACAAGAAGCGUAAGCUGCUGGCACGAAGCCAAGUAAUCGACAUGCAAGCAGAAAUCGAGCGUCUUGAGCGCAACAUGGGACGCAGACAAGCUCGCGAACGCGCAAAGGGCAUUGGCAGUGCUGCAUCACCUUCGACUGCUGCAUCUCCCGGUGCUGAUGGCGCUGACGGAGCCACGCCUGCACCGACUGGUAAAGGCAAGGGCCGCUCGAAGAAGAACACUGAGGGUACCGCCCGAAAGUGUGCCAACUGUGGUCAAGUGGGCCACAUCAAGACCAACAAAAAGCUCUGCCCGAUGCUCAAUGGUACUAUGAAGCAAGAAGACAUGGCUGUCACUGGCUUUGGCGGCGGCCCUGGGCCGGGCGCUGCUGGUGCUGGACCAGGCGGCGAAACCUCAUCCUUCGGCGCUAUGCCUGCAUAG